UUUCAAGGACCCCGUUGUACUGUCUGUUGUAGCUCGUCGUUCGUGUUCACGCGCACGUCACUUCGGCGGACAAAGCAUCGGAUAAUCCGCCGGGGUGGCCGCAUCUCGUUUCUCAUUUAACGCUCGUCUUGCUGAUGUACAUCGUAAUUGUAUCUUUAUCGUCACGGUGAUACAAGCUCGGCUCGGUAUCUCGAUGGCGUCGCCGACGCGACGCCACCAUCGGCGACUGUGAUCGAGAACGACCGCCAGUUUUCUUCCGAUUUCCAUCACGUUUGAUCAAAAUAUGGUCCUGAUCGACUCGCAGAUCACGAAAUCUCGGAUAUUCUACCGGUCGUGUGUUCUCGUUAAGGAGAUUUGCGGAGAAGAGUGUAGACGGUGGUUACGUGGUUGAGAGAGGGAGAGAGAGGAAGAACGAUGUAGAAAGAGAGAGAGAGCGCCAAGCGAGCGGCGACGUUGGCGGCCAUGAUGGAUUUCGGCGCGAGUGAAGCUCGAGAACGCGAGUCGUUUCCGUUGCCGAUCGUGCGGCGAUUUGUUCGGUAUCGUUCGGCGAGGAGUCGGCCGGAUAUCGCGUUCGUUCACGAUAAAUGGGAUACGCGUCAUCGUGAACAUGGAGACCAAUGGGUCAGCAGAUGAUACAAUGGGUACGCUGGAGAAAUACGGUUCCUCCAACGAUUAACCUCGCUUUCACGCGAGCGUUACGCGACCUGAGCGCGCAUGCGCGGUCGUGGGAAAGGAAGCUGCGGCGCAGCGUGCAGCGCGCAGGCAUACGAGUGCGUCGACCGUUCGUUCGGUGAAUCCUGGAUCGCGCUGCCUGUUGCUGCAACCUGUUGCACCGACGAUGAAUGGUAUCACGCGACAAUAGGAAUGCAAUAAUUAACCACACGAAAGUACAAAAAAAUGUGGAAGUAGAGACAAACGUGGAUAUUCGGACUAGUAACACAACGAAAACUGCAGAGUUUUUACCAGCUAGUCACGCCGAGAACUCCGCAGCGCUCAGCCAGCGCAAUGCAACAGACAAAGGGAAGAUUUUACUCUCCACCAAUGAGAAGAAAAUUGCGGUGUCUUGGAAAAGGACAGGAAAUUACGAUGUUGAAGUCACGAAGUCCGACGAGCCGCACAUUCCCAGCGACGCCAGAUACAUGUACGAGAUCCUGUCGAAGCAAGGGAAUCUCCUCACCUUCGUCUGCCGCAAUCUGGGCAACAAACUGUUCAAGACGUGGUCGGCGACGAAGGGCAAGGACGUAUCAGCUGAUCUGAGAUAUGUGAAAAACGUACGAAGCGUGAAUCAGACGUAUUUCCGCACCUUCGGCCGCAUCAGCACGAACAAGCAAUCUGCGAAUAUGGUGACGUUGGAAGGUUGCACGAGGCGAAAGGGUACCUCAGUGGCCGACUCGAUCGAGCUAGACUUUCGGAACGUCAAGCAUUAUUCCGUGUUUUCCGGCCAGAUCGUGGCUGUCGAGGCUACGAAUCCAGUGGGCGAUGUGCUCUACGUAAAGGAGAUUUUCGCGAAAGCGUACGCGCCGCCGGCAUGCGCGCCUAGGAUCGAGGCAAACGUCAACAUUUUCGUCGCGGCGGGCCCAUUCACCGCAUCGAACAAUAUGCAUUAUCAGCCAUUGUGGGACUUGAUGGAGAAGGUCGCAUCUGAUGAGCCGCAUAUCCUAGUGCUCGUUGGGCCUUUUCUCGAAUACACUCAUCCUGAGAUACAGGACGGUCUCGUUAAGGACACGCAUCAGGAACUCUUUGAGAAGACUCUCACGAGGAUAAUGGAAUCGGCAAAGAGGAGCACGCAAGUUGUGUUGGUGACUUCUAAUCGCGAUGCGCACCAUGAGCCUAUUUUUCCAACUCCGCAGUACACAGUUUUUGACAAAAAGUUGCUUCAAAAUUAUUCAAACUUAAAGUUGAUGCCGGAUCCCUGUAUAUUGGAUAUCUUUGGCUUAAAAAUUGGUGUUACAUCAGUUGAUGUUAUUAAACAUAUUGGCAAAGAAGAGAUUUCUAACAUAUCUGGCAUGGAUAGGCUCAGUCGCCUAGCUGAUCAUGUGCUGGCACAAACAUGCUUCUAUCCUGUUUAUCCUUCGUCUGAAGAUCUGAACGUAGACACGGAACUGUGGGAGAAAUAUGCGUUUUUUGAUCAACAACCGCACAUAUUAAUUCUGCCGUCUGACAUGCGAUGUUACUGCAAAGUAAUCCACGAGUGCGUGAUUCUUAAUCCAGAACGCAUGCAUAAAAACACAUACGCUAGGUUAUGCGUAAAACCUGUUUUUCACGGCAAAUGGAGUUCUGAUAACAUCUUGUGCGAGAUUGUUAAAGUUUGAUGACUCUAAGGUACACCAUAGAAACGAUAUCUCGACUGAGUAUCUUUUAAAUGAAGGGUUCAUUGUAACAGUGUUUAACGAAAUUUUUCGAACAGCCGAUUUUACUUUUUUAAAAAUCGAAGAAAAUAAAUUC